AGUUCCUCUCUGUCUUACUCUGACUGAUUACCACCUCUCAAGUCCAUCUCUGAUCUCUCCCUCUCGACUUGACAAUGUCAAUCCCAUUACUCCUCAAAUCCUCUCACUCACUCUCGAUUCCAAUUCAUCACCUCGUCUUGAAUCUCUCACUCGUUUUGAAAUCCAGUCACCACCACCGCGUCUUGACCUCCUCACUAGAUCCCAUCUCUAGUUUAUACCUUCUUGGCCCAAGUCGCCGUCGAUUCCUCACAAUGGCGGUCGAUUCCUCAUGAGGAAUAGUUGAACUAAGCUGAGGUUGGCUCUGCGUGUGCGGUUGUCGUGGAAGACAGGAAUGAUGAUGUGGUGACGCACCGUCUGAAGGGCGUCGAUGGUGGGUGAACAGUUGCUAUCUUCUGCUGGCGUUCCCUCUCUUCCUAGCCCCCUGCCCUAUGGUCCCUCUCGCUUCCCUUGCUCACUCCCUCUCCUCUCCUUCUCGUUCUAUCUCUCAUCUCUCUUGAUCACUCUGAUCUCUCCUCCCCAGUGCACACUAUCAAUUUAACACUAUCCCUGAUGACAUCAAGAGCUUACCAUAUUGCAUUGCAUCAAUCCCUUCUCAUUAUUCUUCUUAAAAUCAAUCCCACUUGAAUCAUUUGCAAAAACAUCCUCAUUCACAGUGACUUCACGAAAAUUGAACUGCCAAAAACCCAAUUAAAUUAACUUCAACAUAUCGUCAUGUAAAUCAGUUAUUCUCAUUCAAAUUCAAUCCAUAAAGGCCUCCCUCAACCUCAACUGAUCUUUUCUGUUAGCCUGAUAUGGAACUAACCUCAACUGAUCUUUUCUGUUAGCCUGAUAUGGAACUAACAGAAUUUUCUCAUAAGCAUUCUUACCAACAAGGCAAGUAGGAGGGAGUGGAAGCUCUACGUGAAAUUGCAACACAACUAGGAAAAAAAGAUUGGAAUUUCAAUGUAGACCCUUGCAGUAAUGACUCAAGCUGGGAGACACCAAAAUCCAAUAGCAUGCCAACCUACCGCAAUAGUAUCAUCUGCAAUUGUCCAGGACCGGAUGGUGUGUGCCAUGUUGUCCGCAUAUUUCUCAAAGGGCAAGAUCUUGAUGGUGUGCUUCCACCAUCAAUUGCGAAGCUGUCUUUCCUUAAGGAACUUGAUCUGACUCGUAACUACCUUAGUGGCAAUAUACCACCUGAAUGGGCUUCCACAAAACUGGAAAUUCUGUCCAUCUCAGUGAACAAAUUAACAGGUCAAAUUCCAAAUUACUUGGGAAAUAUCACCUCGCUCAAAUACUUGAACUUAGAGAACAAUCUUUUUGGUGGACCUGUUCCUGGUGAGCUUGGAAACUUGGUUAAUUUGGAGAAUCUCAAUCUUAAUGCCAACAAUCUCACUGGAUCAUUACCUCGGGACCUCACUAAUAUCACCAAGUUAAAAGAUUUUAGGAUUAGCAGUAACAAUUUCAGUGGGAAAAUACCAAGUUUUAUUCAGAGUUGGAAACAACUUGAGAGGCUAGAGAUCCAAGGUAGUGGUCUAGAAGGGCCCAUUCCCUCUAGCAUUUCUGUCUUGACUAAUUUAACUGAUCUAAGGAUCAGUGACGUACUUGGGGAAGGUUCUAAGUUUCCGUAUUUAGGAAACAUGACAAAAAUGAAUUAUUUGAUGUUGAGGAACUGCAAUAUAUCUGGACCUUUUCCCGACUAUAUACUAAAUAUGGGAAGUCUGAAAAUUCUAGAUCUUAGUUUCAAUAGAUUGACUGGGAAUCUUCCAGUUCCAACAAUUAAUAAUGAUAACCUGGCAAUCUGUUUGGUAAACAACUUGCUAACUGGAGCCAUCCCGAACUGGAUCACAACCAGACCUAGAAAAAGUGCAACCGAUAUUUCUUACAAUAAUUUUUCUGAAACUUCUGUCCCAGUUGCUUGUCGAGAUAAUCUGAAUUUGUUCAAAAGCUCUUAUGGAGGGAACAAUUCAAAGGCUGUGGAGUGCUUGGGCAGCCUUCCUUGUUCAAAAGAUCGUUAUUCGUUGCAUAUAAACUGCGGUGGACAAGAAAUCACCAUUGGGAAGUUCAGCUACGAAGCAGAUGAAGGGUACGGAGGUGAAGCACAAUAUGUUCCCUUGAAAGACAACUGGGCAGUUAGUACCACUGGACGUUUUUGGGAUGUAAAUAACACAGCAGACAUGUUUAUAGGAAAAAAUGUGUCCAUGCUAAGAAUGAGUAACUCUGAAUUGUACACAAAUGCACGUCUAUCUCCCCUCUCUCUCACAUACUAUGCGCGUUGUUUAGUGAAUGGGAAUUACACUGUGAAGCUUCACUUUGCGGAGAUAGUAAUCAGGGAUAACAAAUCCUUCCAAAGUCUGGGAAGACGGAUAUUUGAUGUUUAUAUCCAGGAUGAGCUCGUAUUGAAGGAUUUUGAAAUCAAGAAGGAAGCACCAGGGGUAGAUAAUGUAGUAAUUACACCAUUUAAAGCCGUUGUUAAGAAUGGAACUUUAGAGAUCCGCUUUCGAUGGGUUGGGAAAGGAACAACAACUGCUCCACAAAAAGGAAUAUACGGGCCUCUCAUAUCUGCUAUUGAUAUGGAAGCUGAUUUCAAGCCUCCGAAAAACUGGAAGAAGUUCAUUGUGGCUGGAGCCGUUGUUUUGCCAUUAUUCCUCAUUUUCAUUAUUGUAGGCACUCUUUGGUUGAAAGGUUGUUUAGGAGGCAGGGUAUUAAGGGAAAGAGAUCUUAAAGGGCUGGAUCUGCAAACUGGUUCCUUCACUUUGAGACAACUAAGAGCUGCCACUAAUAAUUUUGAUUCCGCAAACAAGAUUGGAGAAGGUGGUUUUGGGUCUGUAUACAAGGGUGAACUAUUAGAUGGCACCAAUAUAGCUGUGAAGCAACUAUCUUCCAAAUCCAGGCAAGGAAACCGUGAAUUUGUGAAUGAAAUAGGAAUGAUAUCUGGUUUACAGCACCCAAAUCUUGUAAAGCUUUAUGGAUGUUGUAUUGAAGGAAAUCAGUUACUGCUGGUAUACGAGUACAUGGAAAACAACAGCCUCGCAUAUGCACUCUUUGGUAGACAUAAUGGCAUUGGUUCAGAAGCAAGUUCUCUGAUGUUGGACUGGGCAACCAGACAGAAUAUUUGCCUAGGAAUAGCAAGAGGUCUAGCAUUUCUUCAUGAAGAAUCAGCACUCAGGAUAAUCCAUAGAGACAUCAAAGCAACAAAUGUCUUGCUUGAUAAGGACCUGAAUGCCAAGAUAUCAGAUUUUGGACUAGCAAAGCUCUGUGAGGAGGAGAAUACUCACAUUAGCACCAGAAUUGCAGGAACUAUAGGAUAUAUGGCUCCAGAAUAUGCACUCUGGGGUUAUCUAACAGAAAAGGCAGAUGUUUAUAGCUUUGGAGUAGUUGCUUUGGAAAUUGUCAGUGGAAGGAGCAAUGCCAGUUAUAGGCCGAAAAAUGAGGCUGUUUGUCUUCUUGACUGGGCCUUUAUUUUGCAACAGAAAGGAAAUUUAAUGGAAAUAGUGGACCCAAGGUUGGAGUCUGAAUUCAACGUGGAUGAGGCUGAAAGGAUGCUUAAAGUGGCUCUUUUAUGUACCAAUGCAUCACCAAUGAUAAGGCCUACAAUGUCAGUCGCUCUGAGUAUGCUUGAAGGACAAACAAGAAUUGAGGAAGUGGUAUCAAAUCCUGGCAUUUAUGCUGAUGACAUGCGACUUAAACCCCUCAAGGAUCACUACCAGCAGACGUCAAGCGACGGUACAAGCACAAGCCAGGCACCAAUUUUUUCAUCAUACAAUACAGGGAUUGGAUCUUCCACUGUAUCUGCUUAUGAUCUCUAUCCGGUUAAUCCCGAGUCCAUAAAUUUGGACGUUAGUGAAACUUCACCAUUUUCACAUUAGUGUUAUGCUCAAUAAGCUAAAUAAUUUCAGAAUUUGGUAUCUUUCAGGUACUUGUUUCUGUUUUUACUUGAAUUGAACCUCAAAUGAAGAUUUAUUGGAGCUUUGAGUUCCAUAUGAUUGAAUUGGAUUUAACUUUUUAUGUCAUGAUCUCUAUUUUUGUAUAUCAAUUGUACAUUGAAUUUUCUUCUAA